AUACAUACAUACAUACAUACAUACAUACAUACAUUGCACGCACACACAUACAUACAACAUUCACACGUCAGUUUAAACAAGUUCGCCAAAAGUGAGAACUGACUGUUUUUUUGUGUAUAUUUUUAAGCAUUCCAGCCAGACAUCAUUCAGCGAUUGCAAAUCUCAACAUGGUAAACGUUCGGAGAAGAUUUCUUUGAAAACAAAUACUUUACCUAUGUUAAAAAGAGACUGGCUUUCAGAAAAGUGAUCGAGUUAACUUUUUCUCAAAUCAAACCAAAAAGAAAUCUUUCAAAAAUGAAGCCUCGGGACCCACACACAGGAAUCCCAGAAGGAAAGUCUGUGUGUUGGCGUUCAACGUUAAUUAUUGUUUCCCUGUUGCUGAUAGCUGUUAUUUUCAUUCUUUCCUGCGUGGAUUUAGAAUUUACAUGGAACAAAACCAGGCUAAAACGAUCUUUCCUUGACAAUUGUAAACUGAUUGAAACUUACACCAAUAAAACCUGCAAGCAAUUCUAUGGUUAUGGCUGCUUCUGUGGCCUGGGAUCACGUGGCAAGAAGCCUUUAGAUUCCAUUGAUCAAUGCUGUUUUGAUCACGACUUGUGUUAUGGUUCCAUCAACUGCAACUUUCUGUAUUUACCAUUAACACAUUAUACGUAUCACUGCUAUACACAUUACUGUGCCUGUACUGACAAUCCCCGGUAUUGUCCGUCAAUAGUCUGUGAGUGUGACAUGCAGUUAGCAGAAUGCCUGGCUGACAAUAUACAACACUUUAAUCAACAACUAACAAAUUAUGAUUUAUAUCAAUGUACGGAAUAAAAGAAAAUGCCUUGCCCCGUUGUUUCUCUUUGA